AACACCUGGAAUGACCAGCUGUGAACAUCUAGCUCUGUGGACUAAGCCCUUCCCUGAAUGGGUACUGAUGUCCAUUGAGAAACUGAUCUCCAUUUAUCUUCACUUACUUCAUUACAGAGAAGGGGCAGGUUUUCUGCACCAUCCACCUACCCACAUCUCUGUAGCUGCCUGAUCACUGUUCAGAGGAGAUGGAAGAGGGAAAUCACUCGGAGGUGACUGAGUUCAUUCUCUCAGGACUGACAGAUCAUCCGGAGCUGCAGGUCCCCCUGUUUGGGGUGUUCCUACUGAUUUAUGGUGUUACUCUGGUGGGUAAUGGGGGGAUGAUCUUGUUAAUCACAAUUGAUCCCCGACUCCAAACCCCCAUGUACUUUUUCCUCAGGAAUUUGUCUUUCUGUGACCUCUGCAUUUCCUUGAUAAUUUCCCCUCCGAUGCUGCUGAAUUUCUACGCUGAGAGGAAAAGCAUUUCUUUCACUGCCUGCGCUGUGCAAAUGCAUCUCUCUUUCUUUUUCGAAGAUGUUGAGUGCCUCUUGCUGGUUGUGAUGGCGUAUGACCGUUAUGUGGCCAUCUGUAACCCGCUGCUCUAUACGGUCACCAUGUCCAGGCAGCUUUGUAAACAGCUGGUGGCUGGUGUGUACGCUCUAGGGGUGGUGGAUUCAAUCAUAUACAUGUGUUGUACAUUUCGGCUGUCAUUCUGCAGCUCCAACAUCAUCAAUCAUUUCUUCUGUGACUUCCUCCCACUGUUGGCAAUCUCCUGUUCUGACACCCACAUGAAUGAGAUUGUGAUGUUUGCUUUCAUGAGCUGCAUUAGAGUGAGCAGCUUUGUGACUAUCCUCCUCUCCUAUGUCUAUAUUAUCUUCACCAUCCUGCAGAUCCACUCUGCCGAGGGCUGGUACAAAGCCUUCUCCACCUGCAGUUUCCACUUGACCUCAGUCGUCCUGUAUUUUGGCAUCCUCUUCUUCAUGUAUUUAUGUCCCACCUCCAGCUAUUCCAUGGACAGGUUCAAAGUGGCCUCAGUGUUUUACACGCUGGUGAUCCCCAUGUUGAACCCCCUCACCUACAGCCUGAGGAACACGGAGGUGAAGGAUGCCCUGAGGAAAGCAAUGAAUAAACUUCUAACCAGUUCUUGAAUCUAUUUAACUCUUUAUCGGUUGAGUGGUGGGGAGUGGAAACAGGUGAAUUCAAUUCCCAGCCCAUUACAAAGUAAUUUUUCAGAGCCCGUGGGAGUAUUGUUCUUUACUGUAUUGUUAUUAUGAUUAAGUUUUUUUGUAUUCCUACAAGAUCUUCAGGCCCCAGCUGAGAUCAGUGGACAAAACAUGGGAAGCAUCACAGGGCCAGAGAGAGAGAAUGAUUUUAUAAGCUGGUGGCUAGGGGCAUCCACCUUGAGGGUGAAAUGUUCAAUUUCAUGUCUCAGGACAUCGGGUGGCAGUUCCAAAGUGGUUUCUGUGACCCAAGCUGUUACACAGAAUUUAGGAAUAAAAUUAGGAAUAAAACUGCAAAAGAGUGUGUGUGUGUG